AGCUUGUAAACUGUGUACAUUAGAAUAAGAUUAGCUGUACAUAUUUGUAUAGACGCUCUACUGCCAUUCUAUCAUGAAACUAACUGUGGUUUUGUGAUAAAUCAAAUCAUUCAAUCGAAUAGAAAUCUCGAAGACAAGAGGGAACGGACAAGCGAAAUGGGAGGAUGAACCAGAAAGAGAAUAGAAGGAAAAGUUAAAACACCAAGUUUACUUGCCCCAUUAACGUGGGGAAAGAUCAAGUCAUUUUAAACAUGCAUUACAAACAAAGGUUUCUGCAGCACAUAGUACGGGGGGGCUUGGUGUUUGUCUCGGUAGGAUCUUCAACAGCCUGGUGGGUCCUGAAUCCCCACCAUCUUUAAAACCAGGCAUUGAAUCUCAAUAGUCUGUAACUGCAUUUUUUCAUAUUGCCCAUUUUUUUCCUCCAAUACCCACUUCUUUUUUUCUCUAAUAUAUGUUUUGUAGUUACUGGUUUCUUGACUUGGAUCAGAUUCAAACACCAAUAAAUCAGAUCCCCGUUUGAUGUCCAAGAAUUGAUAAUUCAGGGUCGUCGGCCGAAUAUCGAUGAAGAACAGUUUGGAGAAGCGGGAAAUCUGAAUGUUAUUUAGGGGUUAAUGGAUUGGGGGGCGUUUUGAGUUGGGUGUUUAAUGCACCGGGGAGAUGAAAGAGAGAUCGUUGAAGAGACGAUGACUGGAGGAUUGGGUCAGCGCUCAGGAAGCACUGGAUCAUUGCAAUGGCUUCAGAUUCAGCAGCAACAUCAAUUGCAGCAGCAACUGAAUCCUGUGAUAUCUUCAUUCAGCCCUCCAAUUAAUUUGAGAAAAUCCAAGGUGGGGGCCUGCCCCUCUGCGAGGGAGAGGUUUGGCUUCUGGAUCUGCAGGAUUGUUGGUAGGAAGAGGGCUGGCAUGUCGUUACUGUUCCUCGUUUCUCUUCUUGUCUUCAUCUCCUUCCUGUUUAGUCUCAAUAAAGGUGAAGAUGGAUUUGUAAGUGAAGUUCCUGGCAUUCAAUCAUCUAGGUUCUCCGAGAGGCCUAUUGCAGAUCGAUUCAACAACUUGGAUCGUCAUAUUGUUUCGAAUAAUUCAGCAAAUCUGGAGAUUUCACCAAAAAUAAAAAUUAAUGAGUCGGUUAUAAAUCGUCCGAUAUAUCAAAAUCAGAGCAGGAUUCAUCCUCCUGUUGCUUCUGCAGAUCCUUCUCUUCCACCAGGUCACCCGUGUCAACAUUUCACUUUACCUCCUCCACCAGCUGACAAGAAACGAACAGGACCUCGCCCAUGCCCAGUUUGUUACCUCUCUGUUGAGCAGGCAGCAAAGCUCAUGCCAGCUAUUCCUUCUGCUACUCGUGUUAAGAAUUUGACAUAUGUUACUGAAGUGGCGUCUGCUGUGCCAACUCAAGGCAGCAGUGGUUCCGAUUUUGGUGGCUAUCCAACAUUAAAGCAGAGAGAUGAUUAUUUUAACUUGCAGGAAUCUAUGCAUGUGCACUGCGGUUUUGUCAAAGGAUCUACACCGGGUAAUGCAACUGGGUUCGACCUUGAUAAAGAGGAUAUUUUUGAUAUGCACCAGUGUCGUGGGAUUGUUGUUGCUUCAGCUGUAUUUGGCAACUAUGAUGAGAUACAAGAGCCUAAAAAUAUUAGUGAGAAAUCUAAAAGUGAUAUCUGCUUUUUCAUGUUUGUCGAUGAGACAACGGAAUCAUAUUUGAGAAAAUCUGCUGCUUUGGACAAUUCAAAGAUGAUUGGACUAUGGAGAAUAGUGGUGGUUCAUAAUCUGCCUUAUUCUGAUGCACGGCGUAAUGGAAAGAUUCCAAAGCUGUUGCUUCACAGGCUCUUCCCUAACGUGAGAUAUUCUUUGUGGAUUGAUGGAAAGCUUGAGCUUGUAGUUGAUCCGUAUCAAAUUCUUGAAAGGUUUUUGUGGCGGACCAAUGAUAAUUUUGCUAUUUCUCGACAUUAUAGACGGUUUGAUGUCUUUGAUGAAGCUGAGGCUAACAAAGCUGCUGGAAAGUAUGAUAAUGCAUCCAUUGAUGCUCAAGUUGAGUUCUAUAGGAAGGAAGGCUUGACUCAUUACAGUUUAUCGAAGUUACCGAUUACAAGUGAUGUUCCUGAAGGGUGUGUGAUUAUACGAGAGCACACCCCAAUCACAAAUUUAUUCACAUGCCUUUGGUUCAAUGAAGUUGAUCGAUUCACAUCAAGGGAUCAGAUCAGUUUUGCUAUUGUGAGAGAUAAAAUUAUGGCUAGACUUCACUGGACAGUCAACAUGUUUCUUGAUUGUGAACGACGGAAUUUUGUUGUACAGGUUUAUCAUAGGGAUAUUCUGGAGAAGAGACUCGCCAGGAUGAUGAUGAUGCCUCCACCACCUCCCCCACUGCCAAAAGUUGAACCCAGUAGAAUAUCAUUUGAUCAGCCAUCCAGGAAAUCAUCAGAUGACAGGAAAUCAUUAGUUGACAAAGUUCCAGAGAAAGUUCCAAGAAGCUCAGGCAGAAAAGGAUCUUCAAGACAUGGUAGGGAUAGAAGACACCGCAAAGCUAAGAUUGGCAGCAAAGUUGCUGAGUUUAGCUGAGGAAGCAUUUUAAAUGUUUGAUAGUGGCAGAUUAUUCAUUGACAGGCUUGAUUUCAUGAAGCUGAUUGCAGAGACUUCUUGGAAGGUUGUCAUCUCUGUAUUGCAGACAUAAUUGCUGCCACAUGGAAGCCUGCAAAAGCAUUGUGUAUUGUAUUUUUUUACCAUUGCUAAGGCAUUAAUUUUGGAUGGCCUAGUGCCGCUUUUGUGAAACACGUUGAAAUCUAUUCUUUUCACAUUUUUACUAUUAAGAAAAUGUACCAUAAUAUUCAAUACAAAUAAUUUUUUUGAAUC